AUGGAAGCCGGUCUUUUUCAAACUCUAAUCUCUCUAACCUUUCUUUUCUAUUUUUUUACUCGUCACCAUUUGGUUCAAAGCAUCCCAUCAGCUCUUGCCAACUUUCAACAAAAGAUGAUAUUUUCAGAUUUAUUCAAACCAACAUCAACAGAGUUGAAUGGAUUUAUAUUAUUUGAUGAUAGUUUAUUAUCAAGUGGAGAGAAACUAUUAAACUAUCUAUAUGGUCGUUAUCUAACUGGUACAGGAUCAAAUCAUCUAAUUGAUUGUUAUACAAAUCCAUUAAAUUGGAAUCAACAUAAUAUAUCAUUAAAUGAUAGUAGUAGUAGUAACAGUGGACCUAUAACAAUAUCAUGUGAUGGUAAUCAUAAUUCAAUUGUAUCAACAUUACAAUCAAUCUAUCAAAAUGAAAAGAUACCAAUCAAAUUAAAAGAACGUCCAUUGAUUAUUGUCAAUUCACUUAGUUCUUUAAUUUUAAAGGAUGGUUUAUCUGAAACUUGUCAUUUAUUAAGAACUCUAAUCAAUAUUAAUCUUAAACAACAACAAACAACAACAAAAACAACAAAAACAACAACAAAAACAACAAUUAAAAAUAGCAACAAGAUAACAACAGGUAUUGAAGGUAGUAUAGAUAAUGCAAAGUUUAAACAAACAAUGGAAAGAACAUUUAUAAGUGUUUUUGGUAUAUUUCAUAGUGAUCUUCAUUAUACUGAUCGUACCAUACAAAGACAAUUGGAGUAUCUUUCAACUACAGCCAUCUCUGUUACCCCAUUACCAGCAAACAUUCAAUUAUCACAAUCAUUAAUGACCAAUGCAUAUGAGGCUACCAUUACAGUUUUAAACAAAAAAAGAUCUGGUAGAGUUGUUAGAAAUGUUGAAUAUUAUUAUGAAAAGAAUGGUAUAAAUGGUUAUUUAGCAUUUGAUUCAGCAGAAUCAUUGGAAAAGAAACCAGAGAUUAAAGAAUUGGAUCCAACAGAAAAUCUUUCAUUUAAUCUUAAACUAAGUGAAGAUGAACGUGCAGCCAAAGAUGCAGUAGUAUUACCAUAUAUGAGAACCAAUGAUGGUUCUGCAAAUUUAUUAAUUAUUGAAGAUCCAGAUGAAGAAGAUUAUGAUGAUGAAGAUCCAGAUGAUGAUCUUGAUAUUUAA